CCCCGGCUUGGGCUGGAGCCGGAGCUGGGGCUGCUUUAUUAUCAGCUGGAGGGAGGAGGAGACGGUGCGUAAAGCGGCGAGCACGGCGCCCCGAGCCCGCCGCCGCCGCGGGCAGCGCCUCCCUCCCUCCCUCCCUCCCUCCCGCCCCGCCGCUCUGCCACCGGCGGGCAGCGGCCGCCCGAGCCCCGCAGGUAGGAGCGCAGCCUCCGCCACCUGCCCCCGCCGCCCCGCGCGUUUUGCAGCAUCAUCGGGAGCCGCCGCGGGGGCAGGCGCCGCCGCUCUCCGCCCGCCCGCGGGGCCGGGGGCAGGUGCCGCGCCGGCGGCUCCGCUCCCCCCGCCGCUCCCCGCCCCGGUCCCGCCGCAGCGCCCGGCUCCCGCCGCCCCGCGCAACCCCCGGGCGGGCAGCGCCGCGGGGCGGCUGCGGCUGCCGCUGCGGCUGCGGCUGCGGCUGCGGCGCGCCCAUGUGAGCCCCGGCCGCGGGGUGCCCGCCGGCGGCGCGGAAGGCUGCGCACCCCCGGCAGCGGCGGCGGCGGCGGGAGCAGGCGUCCGUCGGGGCAGCGCUGGAUGAGCGGGGGCGGCAUGGUGUCCUGGCGGCGGAGGCCGGGGCCCGGCCUGGCGCGGCUGUGGGGCUUGUGCUGCCUGGUGCUGGGCUGCUGGCGGGGCGCGCUGGGCUGCCCCGCGUCCUGCCGCUGCAGCUCCUGGCGGAUCUGGUGCGCGGAGCCGGCGCCCGGCAUCGCCUCCUUCCCCGUGCCGCAGCGGAGCGCCGAGGGCGACAAUGUCACCGAGAUUUACAUUGCAAACCAGCGAAAAUUAGAAAGCAUCAAUGAUAAUGAAGUUGGAUUUUAUGUUGGACUUAAAAAUCUGACCGUGGUGGAUUCAGGCUUAAGAUUUGUGUCCCGUCAAGCUUUUGUGAAAAAUGUCAACCUACAAUACAUCAAUUUAUCCAGAAACAAGCUCUCGAGUUUGUCCAAGAAGCCUUUUCGCCAUCUGGGUCUGUCUGAUUUGAUAUUGGUGGACAAUCCAUUCAAAUGUUCCUGUGAAAUUAUGUGGAUCAAGAAAUUUCAAGAGGCCAAGUUUUACACAGAAACUCAGGAUUUAUAUUGCAUAGAUGACGACAACAAGAGGACAGCCUUGCUGGAUAUGAAGGUCCCGAACUGCGACUUGCCCUCAGCAAACUUAAGCAAUUACAACAUCACCGUGGUGGAAGGAAAGAGCAUCACACUGUACUGUGAUACUACUGGCGGGCCACCCCCUAAUGUGUCCUGGGUGCUCACUAAUCUUGUUUCAAACCAUGAGAGUGACACAAGUAAGAACCCUGCCUCGCUAACCAUAAAGAACGUUUCAUCCAUGGACAGCGGACUGUGGAUUUCCUGCGUAGCAGAGAACAUUGUGGGAGAGGACCAAGCCUCUGCUGAGCUCACGGUAUUCUUUGCACCAAAUAUCACGUUUAUUGAAUCUCCAACCCCGGACCACCACUGGUGUAUUCCAUUCACUGUGAAAGGGAACCCUAAGCCCACAUUGCAGUGGUUCUAUGAAGGGGCUAUACUGAAUGAGUCUGAAUACAUCUGUACUAAAAUACAUGUUAUCAAUCAAAGUGAAUACCAUGGCUGCCUUCAGCUGGACAAUCCUACCCACCUGAAUAAUGGUGCUUAUACCUUACUGGCAAAGAAUGAGUACGGAGAGGAUGAAAAACGUGUUGAUGCUCAUUUCAUGUCAGUGCCUGGAGAUGGUAGUGGCCCAAUUGUGGAUCCAGACGUUUAUGAGUAUGAAACCACGCCUAAUGAUCUUGGAGACACCACAAAUAACAGUAAUCAAAUCACUUCUACGGAUGUUUCCAACAAAGAGAAUGAAGAUAGCAUCACUGUGUAUGUUGUGGUGGGAAUUGCAGCACUGGUGUGCACUGGCUUAGUAAUAAUGCUCAUUAUUCUGAAGUUUGGAAGGCACUCUAAGUUUGGGAUGAAAGUUCAUGGUGAAGUAAAAGGAGUUGGUCUGGUAGAUCAAAUAUGGCUUUCAUUGCAAGACUGCGACAAUGAAGGUCCUUCUUCAGUUAUCAGCAAUGAUGAUGAUUCAGCCAGUCCCCUUCACCACAUUUCAAAUGGCAGUAACACUCCGUCUUCUUCUGAGGGAGGUCCUGAUGCAGUCAUCAUUGGGAUGACAAAGAUUCCUGUCAUCGAAAAUCCGCAGUAUUUUGGAAUUACCAACAGUCAGCUCAAGCCAGACACCUUUGUGCAGCACAUCAAGCGCCAUAAUAUCGUUCUCAAAAGAGAACUGGGAGAAGGAGCCUUUGGGAAAGUCUUUCUGGCAGAAUGCUAUAACCUCUGUCCUGAGCAGGACAAGAUCUUGGUGGCAGUGAAGACACUGAAGGAUGCCAGUGACAAUGCCCGCAAGGACUUCCACCGUGAGGCAGAGCUGCUAACUAACCUGCAACAUGAGCACAUCGUCAAGUUCUAUGGCGUCUGUGUCGAGGGUGAUCCACUCAUCAUGGUCUUUGAGUAUAUGAAGCACGGAGAUCUUAACAAAUUCCUCAGGGCACAUGGACCAGAUGCAGUACUGAUGGCAGAAGGCAACCGUUCUGCUGAGCUGACCCAAUCCCAGAUGCUUCACAUUGCCCAGCAGAUUGCGGCUGGUAUGGUUUACCUGGCAUCGCAGCACUUCGUGCAUCGGGACCUUGCUACCCGGAAUUGUUUGGUUGGUGAGAACCUACUGGUGAAGAUUGGGGAUUUUGGGAUGUCUAGAGAUGUGUACAGCACAGACUACUAUAGGGUUGGGGGUCAUACCAUGCUGCCCAUUCGCUGGAUGCCUCCAGAGAGUAUCAUGUACAGGAAGUUCACCACAGAAAGUGAUGUCUGGAGCCUGGGGGUUGUACUGUGGGAAAUCUUUACCUAUGGCAAACAGCCAUGGUAUCAGCUCUCAAACAACGAGGUGAUUGAGUGCAUCACUCAGGGCCGAGUCCUGCAGCGACCUCGCACAUGCCCCAAGGAAGUGUAUGACUUGAUGCUGGGCUGUUGGCAACGGGAGCCUCACAUGAGGCUGAACAUCAAAGAAAUCCAUUCCCUCCUCCAGAACUUGGCCAAGGCAUCUCCAGUCUACUUGGAUAUUUUAGGAUAAAGUCUCCUAGCAUUUCUUAUUAUGGGCUGUGGGAGUGAAUGUGUUCAACUGCCGCUGAACUCCAUUAAAAUGUGUUCUUAACUUUGACAGUAUUAAUGACAAAGUUGCGGAGAAGCUUUCAAAGGGCAAGCAAUGUGCACUUCUCCAUCUGUAGACACAGUAUUGACUUUUUAGACAUUACUGAGAUGUAUCUCCUCUCUCUCUCUCUUUCAGUUUCUAUCAUUUUUUUCUUCUCUCCUGUCUUUCUAAUCAAUUUGGCUUCUGCAUUAUUGUAACUCUGCAUAGACAAAGGCCUUAAAAACCUGGUCUGUUAUACCAACAGACUCUUCAGUUUGCCCACCACAACUAACAAUGCCUUGUUGUAUUCAUGCCUUUGAUGUGGAUGAAAAAAAGGGAAAAUAUAUUUGACUCGAACUUUGUGAUUUCUGCUGUACAGCUACUGGGAGUUUCUAUGGAUUCACCUCAAUUUUUUCGCUUCGGCAUGUGGGUGGAAAAAGAAGACUGGUGUUCUCUACAUGAAGCAUGUUCCUUGCGGAGAUAAAGCCAGAUGGAAAGAAGACAGUCUUAUGUGAUAUACUUUCUGGAGGAACUAGGGGAUCAGAUGGCAUCCAACCCCACAAAAAAAAACCACUGAAAUUAUUUGAUGGAAGGCAAGAGGGGGUUUAGCACUUCUCCUGAAGAGUCUUUCUGAGGACUAAAGGGAUUGUUCAAGGAGGUGCUUUGCCAGUACCUUUCAUUGCCAGAUACAAGUAAAAGGGGAAAAGAUGCUGCUUGCACUGCACACAAUUAUAUUACAACAUGAUAAACUAAACACAUGCCCUUAUUUUGUCUUCUGGUAGGAUAUUGUCACGCUACUGGUAUUAAAAUGUUCUCCAGCUAGUCUUUUUUAAUAAAGGCUGAAGCUAGGCUUAUUAAUGUACAGUAUUAAUUUCAGGAUCAUAUGUUGCAACUAAGGAUUUUGAUAAGAUAGGACAAGCUGUAGAUGCUGGGGCAGGUGUAUUUUAUACUGUGCUUGUCCAGCAGCAUAUUCCUUCCUUCCUCAAUCCUUUUUCUUUUUUUUUUUAACCAUGCAAGCAAAACUGUGCAUGGUCUUUGUCGAUUAAUGCCCUUUGUGCAGAGACUAUCACUCAUCUUGUAGUACACCCUAGUAGGCAUAGUGAACUCAUAAUGAUAUAACUUAUAUUUCAUUAGAAGGGGCUAAUGGAGGACAUUAGCCAUGUUAAAAUGCCUUUAUAACGUUACAGAUACAAUAGGCUGAUAUAACAUGAAUAAUCUAAAGCACGGAGAUCACUGGUUAUGUUUGAGCCAUGGCAGGGGAUAGAGAUCUCUAGAAAAAACAGAUUACUCUGAGGUUAUGGCUUACUAUUCAGAGUGCAAAGGCCCUGAGCUCAGCACCGUGUUUGUAUUGGUACUAGUGCUGUCAUUACCAACACCCACUGUUUCUUAAAUAAUUUAUUUUUGGUUGGAUUGGCAUUGUAUGUGUACCACAUUUGCAUGGCCACUGUGCUGAUGACAGCUGCAUGGGCAUACCUGUUAUUUUUCAAACCAGAAGUUGACAGUUUCAAAUUUAGAGUUAGGAUUAUUUUUAAUAUGAAUUCUUACAAAUGAAAACCUACCUUACCUGUUCCUCAAGACUUUUGCCUCCCUCUGUGAGGGGACAUUACUGCAAAAAAGCGAUCUUUCUUUCCAUUUUCUCCUUUUGUUAUUUCUUAUUGAUAUGAGCCAGAUCAAAAUAGUCCUUCACCUUUGUGUUGGGGAUAUUUUAUUUAAUAAAUUAAGCAUUUUAUUUUUGUAAGUGUUCCCAUAGCAUAUUUAAUAUAUAAUUUGCUUGCAUAUAUUAUUUAUUGAGGCACUUUAGGUUUUUCCUUCAGAAGCUUUUAGAGCUAGCUCAUAAAGAUUCUGAACAUUUUCAGAAGAAAACAGUUCACUGGACACUGAUGAAGUUUUACCCUUCUCAGUGUCAUUGAAAAGGCAGCAUUACAAAUAAACCUGACAGUGUAACUAUAAAGCCAUACUCAGUAUUUCUUUAAUAAACUAGAUGUUAUUUCUUAACCGCUACUGAACUGGAAAUACACAAAAAGCCAGAGGAAGAUUCCUACAAAAUGGGCCUUAAGAUUUUAUCUAGACUGUCUUGGAAGUUCACACAGAAAGCUAGAUAAAGACUGAGCAUCCAAUGAAACCCAUUCUCUUGAGGGUCUGAAUGUUGUGUUUUAAAGGAAUUUGAAAUUGGUUUUCAAAAUAACAGUGGUGGAAAAGAAAGGUGUCAGAGUGCGCUCAUACGGUGCAGUGGGAGGAGGCUGCAGGUGGUGGAGGGGGCGUGCUAAGUUUCCACCUGCUGUAUUCUGUCUUAGUUUCUUAUGAGCUGAAGAAAAAGGCAUCUGAGAUGCUGCUUCUAUUGGAAAGCUGGCUCCAGCCUGAAAGCAAACAGGUGGGUUUUGGAAGCACUGAAAGAAUGUAUACCAAAAAUAACCACAAAACCCUGAAAAUGUACUUAGUGGCAUCUUCUUUUUGAUUUACUAGUGAGACUAUUAGAGUCAUUUCAGAGAAUAAAUAGUGUUACAAUGCAUUGUGCAAUAACAUAGCAGUAUGUUAAACUUCUAAAGGACCAAAUGUUUGACAGAGCCGCCGGUAUGGAUAACCUUGACCUAUAUCAUUAAUGUUCUUGAUAAUGCAUAAAAUGUUUAAUCACAGUAGACAAGCUAUAAACUGUAGCUAUACAUAGUUUGCGUAUGUUCAUGGAAAGGUGGGUAAGUGUAGAGGAAUGAGCAGAGAAGAGGAAGAAAUAUGUUCAAAUCACAAUGAAGGGUGAGUAUAUGUGCAUAUUCGUCAUGCUUGCACUGUCAGCUAAAUCGUGUACGUUGAGUAAAUAUGACAAUCAGGCUCAUUUAAAAAGUCAUUCUGGACUGUGCUAUGAACUGAUCAUAUAUAUAAUAUAUAUUAUAUAUGUGUGUUUGCAUAUGGCAUAUAUAUAUACACACACAUAGGAUAUACAUGUAUGCCUAUGUCUGUUGUGUUUUAUUUAUAUAUGUGCAGACAUGCAUGCACAUUAUGUAUGGGCUGUGUGUAUAUGUAUAAAAUUAUAUACACCUACGUAAUUACAAAUUAUGAUUAGAGUGCUAUUAAUAAAUUGAUAAAGUCUGCUGAGUAACCAAAUUUUUUUUUCUUUUGAUAUUUCUUUUUCUAUGUUUGUAAAAUUCAACUUUUUAACUGGUGUGCAGCCGAGGCAGUGCUAGAAUGCCAGACAUACAACAACAAGCACUUUUCUUCCCCAGAUGAUUGCAUAAAAACAUUUCUUCCGUUCCCAUCUCACCUGUUGAUUUCUCACAAUGUGAUUAACAGACAAACCUACAAGCUCAGAAAACAGAGUUUGUUUUACUGUCAUUUCUGGGUUUGUGCUAUUGUUGUUUUAUUGUCCUAGAAUAACAGUGCAGCUCCGCUAGCAGUUUAUACUCGUCUGAAGUAACAAAAUAAUUCCAAGAAUGAGCUGCACUAUUCAGACUGCAACAUGACUUGUAGGACAAUGAGAAUGCCAAAAUUCAACAGUAGUGACAACAGCAUUUGCCACACUCUGUCCUUCACUCUCAAUAGACCCACAGAACUCAGAACUGGCUGUGAAAAACAGAUACUUGUAAAGCAACAACACCCAUAAUGCAUGAUGGAGUGUACCCUUUCUAAAAGAACUCAAUUCAUUUCGAUUUGUAAAACAAUAUAUCUAUAUAUUGUCUACAGUUUAAUAAGUAACUGCCUAUUUUUUAUCUUUUUCUUUCUUUUUUAUCCUUUCUUGCUAGUUCUUUAUCACUUUCUUUCCUUCUUUUCUCUUCCUUUCUCUUUUCCCCCCUCUUCUCUCUUUCUGAGAGAUUGUUUUUGUUGUGGUUGAUGUAGACUUUUACAAAACACUUUAAAAAGAAAUUAAAUAACCCACUAAAAUGAUUAGGUCACUGGAUGACUAAGGUACAAUGCAUAUGUGUUAGAACAAGUCUGUGUCUGGUUGUUGCAGCCUGUAACUGAAUUUCAAAUACUGCUAUAAAAUGUGAGGGAGGGGAGUGGGUAGGGUCUGGGAAACAGAUCGGGGAUUCUAAUCAAAGAUGAAGGUUUUGAUAGCACAGGAAGUUGUAUUUUAUUGUUGUGAGGGCUGGGAUGAACCAUGCUGCUUUGAAUCAAGAGGUCCUUUAGAGCCUUAGUUAAAACACCUGUAUUUGGGUGGGGCGGGGGGAUAUGCUACAUUCAUCACUAAUACGAAGCAAAAAAAAAAAAAAAAAGUCUACAUGUUGCAGGGAAAACACUGUGAAUUUCACAAUAGCAACCAAGUGACUAUUUUGCCAUCUUUUAAACAUACGUCUCAGGAGAAGACAUGGGAGAUGAUGGGUGUGUUAUUUUUCCGUCUAUGCAUUCUAGACCAGGUCUGUGGGGGUUUUUGUUUGCUCGUAGAAGGUUCUGAGUGAUGACCGGCUGGUAUUUUAUAAACACUGAAUACUUUGGGCAAGGAUAAUAGAAGCUGCUAGUAGUGAGGCCGUUUGAUUGGAAUAUGUGAGAAAAUGGAGAUCAAAUCAAAUCUUCCCAGAGGCCUAUAUCUUGCAGCUUAUAUGUAUCUUUCUGUAACUUAAAGAAAAGCAGCUAAGAAUGUUUUAUAUACAAAUAAUUUAAUUCAACAUUGAUGUUUAAUUGAAUCACCAAUAGAGAGAGAAUCAAUUAAUUAUGAAAUAUUUGUCCCAGCCCUGCUCUCCACCUAUACUUUAUGUAUAUAUAUAUUUCUAGAUAUCGCUCUCUUUGUCACUUAAGGUAAAGAGGAAGAUAUCUACAUAUAAAUAUAAAUCUCUAUAUUGUCACCAAACAAUGUGACCUGGUGUGUAGAGCUAUCUUGCUCCUUUCUUUUUUCUUUUCUUUAAUGUGAUGUCUCCGUGGAAAUAUUUAGUGGCUCUUGUUUUGCAGUUUGUUAUAACAGGUCAUUGCUUUAAAACUUUCAUUGCAUCUUGGCUGAUUUCAAAGUGAUGCCUAGGUAUCAGUGUUAAAAGUUUUGUUUGUGAAUCAUGUGACCAGCUUCUCUCAACAUGACAUGGAAAGUCUCUUGUAUUACAGUGUAUUUAAUAAAAAUGAUGUCUUACAAUAAACAACGUCAUCCAAAAGAAAGAUAAAAUAAUUACUUUAAAAAACCUAAAAA